GUACCUUUUCUUUUACAUAUUAGCCAAGAUAGAGAAAUAUAUACAUUUAUAUGCUUGAUCUUUUUUGUUCAGCCUAUAUAAUGGCGAUUUCUCCAAGUGCUACCUUAACAGCACAAUUCCCCAAUUGUCACAGACCAAAUGACCAUAAAUGCCCCUCCUCUUCUGCACUCUCUUUCUGUAAAUCAAACUCAAGUACCCUACUUAUUGGUCCUUCAAGUGUAUCAUCACGAGAUGGACAGAAAGCUAGGAGAUCCUUCCAUGUUCAUGGCUUGUUUGGUAGCAAAAAGGAUAAUAACAGUGAUGAUAAUUCCUCAAAGGCUGGAGUACUUGGAAACAUGCAAAAUCUAUAUGAAACUGUAAAGAAGGCACAAAUGGUUGUUCAAGUCGAGGCAGUACGCGUGCAGAAAGAACUUGCAGCUGCAGAGUUUGAUGGCUAUUGUGAAGGUGAACUUAUAAAGGCAACACUUUCCGGUAAUCAACAGCCAGUGCGCAUUGAGAUAACUGACGCUGCAAUGGACUUGGGAUCUGAAAAACUCUCACUUCUAGUAACAGAGGCAUACAAUGACGCGCACCAGAAAAGUGUACUGGCAAUGAAGGAAAGAAUGAACAAUCUUGCUCAGAGCUUAGGGAUGCCUGCAGGAUUAGAAGGAAUGAAGUGAUGGUGUUCUACUUAGAUUUUUCCGAAGUUUUUUUCGUUCAUCGACAGAAUCCAUACUUUCAUCAAUUUUGACAAUGUCAUUUUCUCUUGACGCAAUACAAAAGAUACUUUCGAGAGUCA